AGGAUGCAGUAGAAUUGGGGAGUUGGAAGUUUUGCAGUGCAGCUUCAGAACAGAAAUCCUUCCAGAAAUGAAAGGGGAUAGUCGAUACAUGGUGAAGUUGAAGGAUUUGAGCAGCUUUGCACAUCGUAAAGUUAAUCUUGUGGGCCUUGUGGUUGAGUUCUCCGUUCCCAGGAGGACCAACGGGACUGAUUAUUGUACGGUUCUGAAGAUCAUAGACCAAUCUCAACAAACUCCAGAGGUGACUGUUAAUGUGUUCAUGAGAAACAUUGAUGGGCUUCCCCACCUUCGUUCCCACAAAGAUAUCAUCCUCCUCUGCAGUUUCAAGGUGGAAUUCUAUAACCAAAAUUAUACUGCUGUUUACGACCACAAGGCCUCCUCUUUUGCGCUGUUUGACGGGAGAAUUACAAAUGACUUCACGCCAUAUCAAGUUUCUCCGUCAUUUUACUCUCUACAUUCUGAUAAACAUUUUGUUAGACGUAUGAGGAAUUGGUCCCAGAUUACUCCUUUUGAUGCUGGAACCAGUGAUUAUGCUGUGCUGCUGAAAGAUAUCAAAGGGCAUGAAUUUAUUGAUCUUGUGUGCAUGGUUCUCCAUCUGUGUGAAAUAUCUAAUGACAAAUGGAUGCUAUUUGUGUGGGAUGGAACUGAUGCUCCCGCCCUUCACUUAGAAAAAGAGGUUGGAGCUGACAAGUUGCCUUUACAAUUGGAGCAAACUGGUUUGCCUCCAAAUGUUUUAAAUAAUUUCCCUCGUCUUGGCACUGUAUUGAGGGUUAUGAUUGAUGAAAAAUACGAGCAUUUUGGUAACCAUUUCAAAAUUGUAAGAGAUUGGGUUAGAAUCCGUAAUCUUCACUGCAGGACUGUUUCGGGCUUGUGGGAAGGUGUUUUGACUCCUCAAACCAAAAUUCGACACUUGUCCAGGAAUGACAAUAGUGUUGUUGGACAUUUGAGUUAUUGAGCUUCACUAUAUUAUUCCUGUGGGUCUCGUGAGGCAGGGACUAUAAGGAGA